AUGGACUUUGUGGCGCCGGUGCUUCCUUCUACUGGGCUUACCGUGCAAGCCAGUCUCUGCAGGACUGCUCCAGGCGUCUGCUUGGGAGCAGUCCCGCACGAGCAUGCCAGCAAGCAGUUCUUGCUCCUAGCUGUGGGAUUGGCUGGAGCCUGCAAGCUUCGACCUCAGAAGAGAUUGCGCUUUGGUACCGCGAGAGUGCAGCGGCGUUUCUUGAGCUUCGGCGACGACAACAGCAAUGAUAAUGUCGUGGGUUUGGUAUUCGAUGAGCAGAUGGCGCAGCAUCGAAACUUGGAGGACCCAUCGCACCCAGAGCAGCCUGCUCGCAUCCUCAAGGUCUUCGAGUACUUGGAAAGGGAGGGCCUGGUGCGGCGGUGCGUCCGCCUCGAUGCGAGGAAGGCCACCAGAGAGGAGUUGGAGCUCAAACACACUGCGCAGCACGUGGACGCGAUGUUCGAGAUGCAGAGCAUGACCGAAGAAGCGACGAUUGAGCUGGGCCAGAAGUACGACAGCAUCUUCCUCUGCCCAGACUCCCUGGAGGCUGCCCUGCUGGCGGCGGGCAGUGUCCUAACUGCCACGGAGCGGGUCUGUGCUGGGGAAGUGCAGAGUGCCGUUUGCGUGGUGCGACCGCCAGGCCACCAUGCCGAGAGCAACAUGGCACGUGGCUUUUGCCUGUUUGGCAAUGUUGGGCUGGCAGCUGCCAUGGCAAGGCAAAAAGGUCUGUCAGCCAGGACACUCAUUGUAGAUUUCGAUGUCCACCACGGGAAUGGGACGCACAAGAUGUUCGAAGACGACCAAUCGGUUCUCUUUUGCUCGGUGCAUCGUUACGAUCGUGGCAAGUACUACCCCACGGGACCACUCGGCAACUUCACCAGCCAUGGAGUUGGCACAGGCGAAGGCUACACUGUGAAUGUUCCUUGGGAGGUGGAGAAGAGCAAGACCCCACCUGGGGAUGCAGAGUUUCUCUACGCCUUCGACCGCCUCUUCCUGCCGAUCGCAGAAGCCUUCGCACCCGACUUGGUGCUCAUCUCUGCGGGUUUCGAUGCGGCCCCGGGCGACCCACUGGGUGGCUGCAUUGUGACGCCCAACGGGUUUUAUGAGAUCACAAAGCGGCUCAUGGGACUUGCCAACGGCCGAGUCGUCCUGGCUCAGGAGGGCGGCUAUAAUGUGGAGAGCAACAGCGAGUCCAUGGCGGCUUGUGCCCGAGCUCUACUUGGAGACAAAGCGCCUGAGCAGUCACAGCUCCCAGGCUUCAACGUGGUUGAUGGAAGGGGCUCACAGCCAGCGGCCAUGAGCCACGUUGCUACUGUGGAAGCUGCUCGGAAGCACUACGCGCAGUUCUGGCCAUGCCUCCGCCCGCAAGUUGCAUACAGCCUCCUGGCCGUGUCGCCUGACCGCCAUCUGGAGUACAUUCGCUGGAUGACCGGAAGUGAGCCGCUUGAAAACGGCAUCCUCGGCUUCAUCGCAGCCUUCGUGCAUCCGCAGCAAGCGCUGUACCAGGUCAUGGAGCUGCUCGAGGGCCCAGACCUCUUCGACUUCUUAGCCCAGAGAUCUGUCAAGCUGGAAGAGAGAAUAGCUUCAGGGCUUGUGAAGCAAAUCGUCAAGGCGGUACACUUUUUACACCGAACUGUUGGUGCACUCCACAGGGACAUCAAGCCGGAGAAUUUCGGUUUCAUCAAGCCUCCUGUGGCUGGGCAGCCGCUUCCGGAGCUGAAGCUUUUCGACCUGGGGCUUGCCUGGGUCUUGAAAGCGCCUGUCACGGAUGAGACGGCCAAGACUCUUUUACGGAUCAAGCGAUGUGGCACUGCUGCUUACAUGGCUCCAGAAGUCUGGGAUGGAAACACCGGGCCACCUUCUGAUGUGUGGGGUGUCGGGGUGGUGUCCUACAUUGUGACUAGUCUUGAGGUGCCGUUCAAGCUGAUGGAGACAAAGCAGCCCAAAGCCGCCAUCAGACAAAACCCACUUUCCUUCGAAUCCCGUGCUUGGCAGAACACUUCAGCGGACGCCAAGCACUUCCUUGAGGGACUCUUGGACAAGAGCCCAGACACGCGAUUGACAACGGCCGACGCGCUCGCCCACGAUUGGAUGCAGGACGCCAGAAUGGGCUUGCCACCGAUUGCGGAAGGCGAGAACAAUGUGAACAGUGAUGCAGAUGCUGAUGGAAACAAUGUAAAGUCUCUCCAGAGAGCGCUGCCAUCACUACCACCGAAGUCAAAGCGCAGUGAAGCGGGCUUCUUCGAAUCGAUGACAUUCGCUCCCUCGGCGUAUUUCGGUGAAAGGGGUAGUUCUUCGGCGGGCCUCUGA